AUGCAUCCAUUUUGGAGGCUCCUGGUCCUCCUCAGUUUGCUGUCCUUGCCCUCAGCACUGCGCAAGCAGCCUUGGCCUGACCUGGCCAAGGCCCACACGACCAGCAAAUCCACCCUGGCAAGAAUUAUCACCCAGGGCCUCAUGAAGCACAAUGCAGAGGGUCGAAUCCAGAAUAUCUGCCUCCUGGAGAGUCUGAAUGCCUCGGUGGCCCCGGGGAUGGUGGGCUGGCUAAUCGGCGGUGGCAUGAGCCUCCAGCAGCAGAAAGAAAGCAGCGCCAACAUCACCAACAUUCAGCUGGAUCAUGGGAGGACCCAGAUGUCUUUCCAUAAGGAGUGGCUCUCAGCAAAUAUCUCACUUGAAUUUGAUAUUGACUUGAGACUGCCCUUCCAUAACAAGACUGCAAAGACACACACACGCAUGAACGUCGCUGUGGAGUUCUGGCUAGAGAAAGACAAGUUUGGCCGGAGGGAUCUGGUGAUAGGCGAUUGCCAUGUGGAGCCCAGCAGCGUCCACACGACAGUCCUAACUGAAGAUAUCUCACCAAAGAUGAAACACUUCCUCCACAAUUUCAGACAAAAUCUGGCAAAAGUUAUCCCACACCUGAUAGAAGAUCAGAUAUGUCCUCUGAUCGGUGAAAUCCUCAGGCAGCUGGAUGUGAAACUGUUGAAAGACCUCAUGGGACAGACUGCUGCUCAUGAACUCAACCAACUGUGA